UCUCUGCUGUAUCAUGGGUAAUGUAGUUGUUGACCAGGAAUUCUGCUAUUAAACAAUGAAGUUGAAAUAACGCAGACGGAUGGCUUCAACAGAAGCAUAUACCAUCGAUGAACAACCUCGGAGCUCAUGGUGUCUCUUUAAAACCCGCGGCGGAAAAGAUGAACUCACACACGUGCGCGCACACGGUCAAGACGGAGGAUUAAGUGUGUAUCGGUGAUUCCAAAUAGCUGGUGUUUGUGCGAUUGUGUGUGUUUGAUGAUGCAGCCCAUGCAGAUGCUGGAGGUACCAGGCUUCAGGCAGAGACUGCUGUGUGCGUUAAGUCUGGGCAGACGACAGCAGUACUGUCUCCCACACGCAGCACAUGCAGCACACGCAGAGGGAGGGGCUGCAUGCAGAUGGCACUGUGUCGCUCCCUCGAGGCCGCUCCCCCUCCCAUCCCGGCACGCUCUGCAGACUCCAGGAUGAGCUGGAGAGUGACAGCAAGCUCCUGUAUCUCUCUUUCGUCACCGCCUCCUCCAGCCCGUUGCUCUCAUCAUCAUCAUCAUCAUCAUCAUCUGACAGCGAGAGCACGUCAUCGACUGGGCGCUCACGCAGAUGUAAACACAGGCUCGGGAGCGGCCAUGGUGUGAGGGAGCUACUCAUCAUGGGAAAUCAAGACGGAAAGCUCAAGCGCUCCGCUGGGGGGGAUGCAGGAGGAGGCGCAGCCGAGGAGUGUGGAGCUGUCCGGGAGAACGAUGGCACCAAGAAAGGAUUUCAAGGGAAGAAAUCCCAUGGUAAAAAUGGUAAGGGUGGGGAGGGUGGGAAGAAGAAAAACAAAUCAGACUCCAAAUCCGUCUUUCCUCACAUACGGAAACGUAAGAACCUUGGGAAGGUGAAAGGAUUUCUGGGCGGCUCUAAAGAGGAUGCAUUAGACUCCCAGCACGAUGAACUCGACAGCGUUCCGUCUCUGUGCAAUAAAACACCGGAUCUGUCCGGAGAUGAGCUCGGCCAGUCGGACGCAGAAUGCGAGAGGCCUCGACUGGUGGCUGACAGCAGGCAGACCACGCUGGAUGCGACCGACGGCCCGGAGGAAGAGGAGAAGAAAGUGGUGAGCUCCGGAUCGGACAUGGAUAUGUACAGCUUUCACUCGGCCGCAGAACAAGAGGAUCUGUUGGCUGAUAUUCAGCAAGCCAUCCGUCUAAAGCAGAGCGUGGUUCUCGGUGGCGCCGAGCUGUCCUGGGAAAAGGACUAUAUACAAACCAGCUUAAGUGACGCUAAAAGCACCCCCACCCCAGACUCGGAGCCGUUCACUAUGCUGGAAGCGCUUCCCAAACGAGAAAACGGACAUGUUAGCAGCAUGUGUCUCUCCCCGCAGCCCGCAGAAGAGGUGAGGGCUGUGAAUGGAGAGUCUCGCAGCUCAGAUGCAGCCCUUUGUGCCUCCAUCGCCAUGGCAACAGUCACAAAAGAGCCAGAGGCAGUAAGCAACCCCCCCCUUCCUACAAGCCCCGUUGCCGAGACGACCAGCACCACCAGCUUCCCGGACCUCACGGCUUCGUUUGAAAGCGCGGUGGAAGCUGUCGAAGAGGAAGAAAAUGGAAAUCCCUCAGAUGAGUCGCCUAAAGAUGGGCCGAGCACAGAUACAGUAUCUGCGGGCUCUCUGGAGUGUCUCAGCACUGUGGAAAUAACCUCUGAACCACCUGACAAUGAGGACGAAACGCCUGCUUUCCAACGGCGGAAGAGUUGUGUUACUUUCUCGCAACAGGAAAGUCCACUCGCCUCAAGGCUCUUAAAAUCAAACGGCGGCAACUCCGUGAAGCCGUACCCCCCCAUCAGCACGUCCUACAUCAGAACCACCACACGGCAGCUCAGCUCGCCCUUGUGCUCGCCCGCGCCCUCGCCGUCCCACAGCCCGCUGUCCACACGCCGAGGCCGGGACUCCCCGGUGACUAUCAUCAGGGCGGAGAGGAGAAGAGUGAAGCGGCAGCGGUCCUACACCAUCACGGGUCCCAUCAGUCGAUCGGCGGACUGGACGGAGGAACUGCGGUCCCUGCCACCCAAAACAACAGGCUCAGCUGAUUACCUUGAGUACGGUGGCUCAGAGGGCACACUCAGGACGGGCAGUCCGACCCAAAGGGUGUCUGUGAUUCAGGCCUCUACCUGCAGCUUCCAGGAUGUUUUCACAGGUCGGACUCUUUUGGAGAAGUUUUUCCAGCAGCAGGAUUCAGGAGAGCCGGAGGAAGUGGAGCAGCUGUGCUCCAGGAUUCUGGCGAUGGGUCUCCUGCUGCCGUUCAGUGACUGUUUCAGAGAGACAUAUGAUAGCAGUGGACACAUCGCACCGAAAUUUGAUCAAGAUCAGCUGUACACAUGGGCCGCAGUGAGUCAGCCGCCACAGUCAUUGGAGCAUUUGGAAGGACGUUUACCUGGACACCUGAAGAACCUGUGGCCCCUGACCAGACCAGGAGCUGAGGAGCGACCUGAACUCAAAUACACAGAGGCUGCGUUCGAGGAAGAGGAGGAGCAUCAAGCUGUCGUUUCAGACCUAAAGAAACAUCAGGAAGAGGAAAUCCGGCAAAUACAGGAGCAGUCGGUGUUGAAGACUGUGCAUUUGAAACAGGAGCACGUCUGUGUGAUCGAACAGUUGGAGCAAACGAUUGAAGACCUGCGUAGUAAAAUCGCUGAGCUGGAGAAACAGCAUCCUCUAGUGGAGCGCGAGGUCAUUACACAGGAUCAGGAGUGCGGCGGAGAGGAAUUCCUUAUCCCGGACGUCUGCCAUGUGGAUCUUCAGACUGAAGACACUGCCCUGUUGCUGCUGGAGGCUAAAUCCGUGCAGACAUCGCCGGUGGACGAGAGCUUUCGGUUUAAAGUGCCUUCACUGGAGCAGGGCCCCACCGAGAUGCCUCUAACCAGACAGAGUGAGCCCUUACUGGGGUCAGAAACUGAAUCUGCCCCUGAUCAGGCCGGGCCUGGAUCUCAAGCGUUUGUGUGUAAAUGCCAGCAGCAGCAGAGCGGUUUAUUGCCUCAAAUCCCUACAGCACCUCCUCCUCCACCUCCUCUUCCUGGGAUGAGUGCUCCUCCUCCACCUCCUCCGCUUCCAGGCUCUGCAUUUCCUCCUCCUCCUCCACCUCCUCUACCUCCAGGCUCUGCAUUUCCUCCUCCUCCUCCACCUCCUCUACCUCCAGGCUCUGCAUUUCCUCCUCCUCCUCCACCUCCUCUACCUCCAGGCUCUGCAUUUCCUCCACCACCACCUCCUCUUCCUGGAAUGAUUGCGCCUCCACCACCACCUCCUCUUCCUGGAAUGAUUGCGCCUCCACCACCACCACCUCUUCCUGGAAUGAUUGCGCCUCCACCACCACCUCCUCUUCCUGGAAUGACCGCUCCUCCACCACCACCUCCUCUCCCAGGUUCUUCAUUGCCGCCGCCUCCUUUACCUGGUCUAUCUGUGCCUCCGCCGCCUCCACCUCCUCCAGGUCCUCCUCCUCUCGGGGCAUGUGCCCCUCCUUUGCCAUUUGGAUCGGGGACUCUUCCUCCUCCGCUGCCACUGGGACUAUACGCGCUCGGAGCAGUGCACGAGAAACCGGCCCGCAAAUGUGUCGUGGAACCACCGAGACCAAUGAAGCCGCUCUACUGGACCCGAAUACAGCUGCACACCAAAAAGGACUCGAGUUCUGUUGUUUGGGAGAAGAUCGAAGAGCCAUCUGUGGAUUUUGAGGAAUUUGUUGAACUUUUCUCCAAAACAGCAGUUAAAGAAAAGAAGAAACCACUUUCAGAUACAAUCAGCAGAUCCAAGACCAAACAGGUGGUGAAGCUGCUAAACACCAAGCGUUCUCAGGCGGUGGGGAUUCUAAUGUCCAGUUUACAUCUCGACAUGAAAGACAUUCAACACGCUAUCCUGAAUUUGGACAACACAGUGGUAGAUCUGGAGACGUUACAGGCGCUCUAUGAGAACAGAGCUCAAAAAGAUGAACUGGACAAAAUCGAGAAACACAUCAAAUCCUCCAAAGACAAAGAGGGAACUAAACCUCUGGACAAACCUGAACAAUUUCUCCAUCAGCUCUCACAGAUCCCUGAAUUCUCCAGUCGAGUCUUCUGCAUUCUCUUUCAGUCGACAUUCUCCGAAUGUAUUUCAUCUGUUCAGCGCAAACUUCACAUUCUACAGAGAGUCUGCAAGAAUCUUCAGAGUGGUUCCAGCGUUCUGAAGAUUCUCGGAUUAGUUUUGGCUUUUGGGAAUUUCAUGAACGGAGGGAAUCGCACCCGAGGUCAAGCAGACGGAUUCACACUCGAUAUUCUGCCCAAACUGAAGGACGUCAAGAGCAGCGACAACAGUAAAAGUCUGCUGUCAUACAUCGUGUCAUAUUACCUGAGACACUUUGACGAGGACGCUGGUAGAGAAACGUGUGUGUUUCCUCUCCCAGAACCUCACGAUCUGUUCCAGGCGUCUCAGAUGAAGUUUGAGGACUUCACUAAAGAUCUGCUGAAGCUCCGGAAAGAUCUGCGAGUGUGCACUGCAGAGGUGGAGAAGGUUUGCUCUGUCACGACAGAAGAACAUCUGCAGCCCUUUAAAGAUGAGAUGGAGAAGUUUGUAAGUGAAGCGAAAACAGAGCUGGAAACUCAAGAGACACAACUGAGUGAGACUCACAAAAUGUUCUUAGAGCUGUGUGUGUUCUUCUCGGUGAAGGCCAAGAGUGGAGAAAAAGAGGUUUCACCAAACACGUUCUUCUCCGUCUGGCACGAGUUCUCCACCGAUUUCAAAGACACUUGGAAGAAGGAGAACAAGGUUAUUUUGCAGGAGAGGUUGAAGGCAGCAGAGGAGUGUUUCAGACAGGUGAAGGAGAAAGCCACAUACAGCGUCAAACCCAAACACGCUUCAGGAAUCAAAGCAAAGUUGGGAAUGAAGAUAUGAGAUGUCUGUGAUUCCACACUUGGACUGCAGGAUGUGCAAAUGAAUACUGUUCGGGACUCGCUGGCGUCUGACAUCUUUAAAUCACACACACACACACACCCCGAGUAAACAACCAGAGCAGUUUCAGUGUUGCUGUUGUCAUCUGCCAUAUGGACACAGGAAGUGCCCCCUGAAUUUGAUGUCAUAUCCUGUGAGGUGGUGGUGUGGUGAAAUUAGCAGUGUGACGUGACAUUCCAGAAUUCCCUGUCGCUCUGGACCCACAAAUACUGCAGGAGUUCACUGUAUGUACUGGAGGACUUAAGCAAUAUCAUCAAAAAAAAAGUGUCAGUUUUAUUUUUAAUAGGUGAGAAAAAAGACGAACAGAAACGGAGAGAGAGAACUGUGUUUUUCUAACAGGUGAGACGCUUGUAGAUCUUUAAACAUCCGCUCACAGUUUCCACUGACAGAAACAAGCUUUUUAAAUGAACAGCAGUUAGUGCAGCAUUUAGUCCUGAUGUUCUGAGCCGGUUUGUUUAACAUAAUCAAAGCACAUCAUCAAGUGAAAGACACUCCAGACCUACAGGACCUGAAAGAGACACUGCAGAAUGUACAAUGUGAUACAGAACAAUCAGCCAGUAUUCGUCCUUUCUCUCUCUGUCUCUGUUUAUGCUCCAUGAUGACUGAGCGACCCGUGACACAGUUCUUGGAAGCUGAACUCAGUGUUUUGUUUGUGAAAUCAUGCAAGAUUUUCUUUUUGUUUUGCUGCAUCAAAACACUCAAAAUAUAUUUAAAAAUUAUGUUUUUUUAAAUGAAUGUAAAUGGUAUUAACAUGUUUGUGUAGCAUUGUUUUUAGCAUGUCCGUGUUGGCGGUGUGGAUCGUACUCGAUGCGGGAUGGAUUAUUGCUCUUCACGUGCAAUAACUGUUUGUAUCUUUCAUAGUUUUGGGAACCCUGUAAUUUAUGUAAAAUAAAGGGAUUAAUAAAUUACUCAUUUUAUUGUUUCACCUGAUUUGAGAUUUACUUGAACACACUUGCCAUAUUGCACAGGUGAGCUGGUUUUGCAUAAUUAGAAAUGUUUUCAGACCUGAAAAUUAAUCCAGAGUCUGUUUCAAAAGCUAGUGCGCUCCCUCCGGAGGCAGCAUGCACAUUUCCGAUGCGAA